GGGCAACAGACAGUGGCGUCCAAUCACAGCGCAGAGUUCGUUUCCCAAGAACAGAAUACAAAAUGAAAGCCACGCGCUGAUUGGUUGCUAUUGGCACCGACGAUUUUAAUCUGCCCCUUGAAAUAAUUAAUAACUGACGCGGUUAUCAUGGCCGCACAUCUCGCAUACAGUACGGGGCAGGCGCCAUGGUGACCCGGGCGGGACGAACUGCAGUGGGCGGAGCGGGAGAGGGUGGGACGGGGAACUAUUCAGGAAAUACCGGUGACUGGACUAGGCCCGACCGGGAGGAAUGACGCCACCGGGCCGCCGUAUUCGUAUUGAGGCCUAGCCGGGGAAGCAUGGUGGAGGCCGCGCACUGCCGGUGAAGGAGACGAGUGAGGACCGGACCAUGUGGAGCCGCCUCGGGGCUCUGCUGCAGCAGGUGGUGGAGACGCGUGAACCGUCUCAGGACCUGCUGCAGUCCUUUAUACAACACUGGAAAGGGGUGACCCAGUACUACCUAGAGACAACCGAUGAAUCCUGCCCGGCACGUAACACAGACAUACCAUGGCGGCUCCGUCAGCUUCUGGACAUCCUUGUGUUUGAGGAAAAUGGAUGUGGGACCAGAGAAGACCCAGAGGGAACUAACAGCGGACCUGUCGACAAUACGGGACCCUGCAUGGAAUAUCUGCUACAGCACAAGAUACUGGAAACCCUCUGCACCCUGGCUAAAGCUGAGUACCCCCCUGGGAUGAGACAGCAAGUUCUUGUGUUCUUCAGCCGCCUUCUGUCCAAGGUGCAGCGCCCCCUGCUGCACUAUAUCAAUGUUCACCGACCUGUGCAAAAGCUGAUCGCCCUUGGUGGAGAUACUGUUGGGGUCACAGCACAUAAGGAGGAGUUGCAAUUCCUGAUUUCUAUCUGCACCAAACUAGAGAAGGACCCAUCACUCCUCUGCCAUGUCCUAGAGAAUAAGAAUGUGAAUGCAGCCCUGUCUGCUGAAGGUGAGGAAGAAGAAGCAGUAGGAUCUAGCAAACACAAACCUAAGCAGUCCCUGUUCAAAGCUUUGCUGAGACUGUGUAUGUGCCAGACACAGACUGGCCGACUGGCAGUGCGCGCAAGGGAGGCGCUCCUUGGCGUUCUGCGGGCAGCUCAACAGGAAGGUCGAGCACGUCUCAUUGCACAGAGUGACCUGAGCAAGCAAGUGGUACAACGUCUAUGUGAGCUACACCAUGAGAUUCCUCUGAGCACUCACCCGUGUGACAUUACUGCUGCAGAUGGUACAGACUGGAGGGCUGAGGUCAGCAGUGAAGAAUACAAUGCCAUGCCACCUGAAGUGUCAGCUGUAAGGAGAUUUCUGUGCUGGGUUGAAUACUGUAAUUGUCUCCUAAAGGAAUCCCAUGAGGUGAUCGCUGAGACAAUAGCAGAUUCCAUUGCAGAACGUUACUUGAGAGGAAUUCUCCAAGAAGAGCUUCUCCAUGUAUCAGAGCUCCGCAUUCUACGAAGCACCGCUCUUCUUUCUGCAGUGCUCCAGCGUCUGAACCCUUCUGCGCUAACCCAUAGACUUCUAAGUUUCCUGCUGGGAGUAGACAGAGGUCCAGAGAAGAGGAACACCAGUGAGCCACAACUGCGGACUCAGCUCAUCCAGAGGUGUAACCACUUGUCCGAUGAGAUAAGUCUUACUACACUGCGGCUCUUUGAGGAGAUUCUACAGUUCCCGGAGGAGAUCUGUAUGUACAGUCUGGUGCUGCGUAACCUGGAAUCCAGGGGAUAUCUGUCUGCUGUCCACGAGGAAAGCAGAGGACAAGACAGUGAAGCUUUCGAAGGCACAGAUGAGCUGGAAGAAGACCCCUACUUCACAGAUGGCUUUCCAGAUACAGGCCUGAGGCUUAAUAAUGGAAACAAAGACCGCAGUACGGAAUCGUCCGGAACAGAACAAAAUGUCAGGAGCUUCUUGUCACUUGUUCCAGAAGAAAUGAAAUCUUCAGACUCAGGGUUUGACACUUACUUGCAGGAUGCUCUGGUCCAGUACCGAGGCUGCUGCCAGCAUGCAUCAUCAUGGGGAUGGCCGACAUCAUCACAACCACUAAGUACAAGUCAUUCGGGACAGGAGGAAUUCUAUGAGGGGCUUUUUCUUCAGGUUUUGCUUGAUCGGCUGGGGAGUAUCCUGGACCAGCCAUAUGAAAUGAAUUUGCAGGUCACAUCUCUGCUCACCCGCAUAGCUCUCUUCCCACACCCCCACAUCCAGGAAUAUCUUUUGAAUCCCUUCAUCAACCUGGCCCCAGGUGCACGUACUCUCUUCUCUGUGCUUGUGCGGGUGGUUGCAGACCUUGCUCAGCGAUCUCAGCGAGUAUCAGAUUUCCGGGAAAUGUUGCUCCUAAUCAGAAGGCAAUUGACGGGGGAGACUCCUGUUGAACCGUUGGGCCAUGAAACCCUGUGUAAAGGAGUCGUAGUUCUGGAGGAGUUCUGCAAAGAGCUGGCGGCAGCGGCCUGUGUGACCCACCAUCCCCUCGCCUUCUAAUUGUAGAGUGACAUUAACGUGACAUCGAAAUAGCCAGGAAUUCAAGUGCAAUAGCUCUAAUGUCUCCUUUCUGGAGACACAUAAGACUUUGUCUCUUUUUAAUCUUUUUGUGCCUUAUUUCCAUAGCCUUGGCUCCCCCCCGGAGCUUGGAGGAGCUGGGCCUCUUCCAUUUUUAUAAGGAGAGUAUGACGGCUUUUGGCCUUAAAGGGGUUAUCCAGGAAAAAACUUUUUUUUCAUAUAUCAACU